AUGCAAGGCUUGUGGCAGUUGUUCUAUAACAUGGAGCUUGGUCUGAUGACAGUUUUGGCAGCAAUGGAAAAUCACAGAAUACAUGUGGACAAGGAUGCCCUUAAAAGAACAUCUGAUCUCUUAGGGACGAAGCUGAAACAGCUGGAGCAGGAGGCACACAAAGCGGCUGGGCAGCAGUUCCUUGUGACCAGCAGCAAUCAGCUCCGUCUGGUUCUGUUUGAGAAGCUUCGCUUGCAUGAACUGUGUGAAAACAAGAAACUCCCAAAGACAGUCCUGAAGCAGCAUCACUCAACCUCCGAAGUAGUGUUAAUGCAGUUACAAGACCUUCACCCACUGCCCAAGAUUAUCUUAGAAUAUAGACAGGUUCAUAAGAUAAAGUCAACUUACGUGGAUGGAAUAAUGUCCUGUAUGAAGAAGAGCUAUAUUUCUUCUACGUGGAACCAGACUGGCACUGUGAGUGGCAGGCUUUCGGCCAAGCAUCCUAACAUUCAAGCCAUUCCAAAACAGCCGAUUCAGAUCACCCGGAAGCAGUACAUACAAGGAAAGGAACCUGAAGUGGUAACAAUUCAUCCUCGGAGCAUGUUCAUCACAGAGGAAGGGUGGACUUUCCUAGCAGCAGACUUCUCUCAGGUGGAACUGCGCCUCCUCGCCCAUCUCUCCUCAGACCCUGAGCUUCUGAAACUCUUCCAGGAACCGGGAACAACAGCAGAUGUCUUCAGUAUGCUUGCUUCUCAGUGGAAAGAGAUUCCUGAAACAGAAGUGAAACAUGCUGACCGUGAACAAGCCAAGCGCAUUGUCUACUCUACUGUGUAUGGAGCAGGUAAGGAGCGGCUUUCUGAAAUACUUGGGAUCACUGCAGACCAAGCCAGCCAGUUUGUGGAAAGCUUUCUACAGAAAUACAAGCAAGUCCGGGCUUUUACUCAGAAAACCAUCCAGCAGUGCCAGAAACAAGACCGAUGCCUAUCCAGAGCUUCAGAGAGACCACCAGAGCACAGUGAACACCACCCUGGUUAUGUUGUUUCUAUCAUGGGACGCAGACGACAGUUGCCUCAUAUCGGAGCACAAGACUACACCAUUCGCACCCAGGCAGAGAGGCAGGCAGUCAACUUUGUGGUGCAAGGAUCAGCAGCCGAUCUGUGUAAAAUAGCAAUGAUUAGGAUCUUUACUUUAGUUGCCUCCUCCUCCACUCUCACAGCAAGACUCGUUGCCCAAAUUCACGACGAGCUGCUCUUUGAAGUUGAGGAUUCCCAAGUUGAGGAAUUUGCAGCAUCCUUAAAAAGUACAAUGGAAUCUCUCCAGCAUGUUGAGGCCUUAGGGGUGCAUCUUAAGGUUCCCUUAAAAGUGACGCUGUCCACCGGGAAAUCAUGGGGUUCCAUGACUGAAGUGCUGGAUUUGAGGAGCUGCAGCCAUUAGCUCUGUUAGCUAAUAUCCUGCACAAUCGCUAGGCAACCACUCGGCUGAGCUUUCAUCAGUACCUAAUUCCUGUGAAUUUCUCCUUUUCAGUCUGUCUGUAGCCCGGGGCAACGGGAGUAGGAUAAGACUGGUUUUCACCAGUUAUUUUUUUCUUCUGCAUUUUCUCUAAGCCAGGGUAACCAAUGGGGAUCUGUUAUUGAAAAAGCUGAUUUUGUUAGAGCAGACUGAACCAAGUUCAUAUUAGACGCUGGGGAGGGGAGGUGUAGCUAUCUCAAUCUAGAUCAAACAUCCUUUUUUAAAAGCAAUGCAGGGUCUUUUUUAUACAGUAUUGAUAUAGAGUUAUUGCAAUAAAAGCUGACUGUUUUGAUUUCUACUCUUUUACAGUAGCCUCCCUUUGUUAUUUGGGACCCAAGUGCUUUUUCAUCAGCCUGUAACAGACAUUUAUACCAUUAUACCAGCUUUUCCUGAGGGAUAAAAGCUAGGUGCUAGCAGGAAACACCAGGAGUGUAAAUGUAUACUGUCCUAACUAAGUUUCCUGGCAACGUGAAAAUGAAUGUUCUAUAUUUAAUCUAUCGGUAUGUUAAACCAAUUUUAAUUAUUUUCAGGAGUCUUAAUUAACUCUGAAUUCAAUCCGUCUGGAAGUUUUGUUAUUGCCCAGCUUUUAUCCAGUUAAUUGUUGAUGUUGUGUUUUUUUACUGAAGAUCUUCUUCGCCAACAUUGUUAGCAGUACUAACCUACAUUUCAGGGAUAAUUAAUCUUCCUUUUUUAUGAAAUCCCUUUCUGUUUCUGCCAGACCUUUGUAUUUUGUUGUUAUCUUUUUAAUACAUGAAACGCUGUGGCCAGAUUGAUGCACCAAUUUUUUAACAUUGAGGAAACGAUAGUCAUUGCUGUAGAAGGUUUGAAUAAUAAGCAGGUUUAUAGCUCGCAGUUACCUUUUGCAAAUAAGCCACAGCCUACAUGUAUGAAUUUUACAGAAAAAGCUAUGAAUCACUAAUACUGUAAAAACAUACAAUUUUCUUAUCAUUAAAGGUAAAUUCACCAGUAAUGAGUCUCCUUUUAUUUAUGUGUUCUUAUUUUAUCAAACUCACAAGAGGUGCUUUCAAUUUUCCAUUAGAGCGGUUGCACUGUUUGCCCUUUCUGAACAUGCGUGAGGACCCGCAAAGCUGACGACACACCUGCCAUGUCUCAAUCUGCAUGAAAAAGCUUACUAAUAAUAUAUCUUGUUUCAAAGCUGCAUGUCAUGUAAACAGAAAGGGGGUGCCAGAAUGAAAAGCAGCUGGGGUGUUCUUGUAGGGGAGUGUUUUUUUUUUUUUUUUCAUACUUUGACUUUGGGUUACCAGGUAAUUAAAGAAAAAUAGCCGUACACUGUGUACAACUAAAUUGAACCAUUUUUUUCAAAACAUAGUUUUAGGUUGCCAGUAACUACAGGAUGUCCUGUAGAUGCCCCAUUACAGUUCCCAUUAGGGUUUUUAUUGAAUCCACCCCAAUAUCAAGCCAUUAUUGACCUCCCUCCUAGUGUCAGUUAUGAUUUGAACAUUUUCAAAAUGUUCUCUGUGAUGACUUAUUUACCUGUUAACACAGCAGUGACUGUAAAUAGGAAAUAUUGAUAAUAGCAAAUCUCUAGCCAGGUAUCCUAAAUUCAUAUUUAGUUUGAUAGCUUUAAAAAAAGGACAGGGCUGGUAAGGACAAUGACUGCUGAACUAGUGAUAUAUGUUGUCUUGGACACUACCAGUAAUACUAAGAGCUCUUGGCAGUCAGUAUCCUACCACUAGAUGCUGUAGCCAAACAUGAAAACUCAAACUUUCAUUUUACUUGAAUACCCGGAAACAGCCACUACAUAGCAUUAUUGCACAGGUAAAUCCCUGACAAAAAUAUCCAACUUAAUAUUAUACUACUGAAAAAAAUAAAACAAGCACACACACACACAAUUUAAAUGAGCUUUCAUUUUUUAUUUGAUACAUUAUUUACAUCCAUUGCUUUCAUAAUGCAAGAAAUUAUAUCUUUACAAUGUUCCCUUUAAAAAAAAAAAAAAAAAAAUCAACCAAAAACCCCCCAAGAGCCCAGCAAUCCCAACAGACAUACGGCUCAUGUGUGCCAUGCAGAAUCUCAGUCACCCAGCCAUCUGGAAUCCGACUACAGUGCCUGCAAAUCAUGGAAGUGCUCUAUUCUGCAUUAUUGAUUCCUGUUACACAUAUACACUAUACAUACUGAACUGCAGAACAGAAGGAGCACUGGGGUUUAAAAAUACGACAACAGAUUCCAUUUAGAGCUUAUGUACUGUGUCAACAGCAGGGUAUCAUUAUCUGGUUUUCAUAUCGUAAAGAAAAAAACAAUAGAACAGUAAGAAGUGUGAUUUGCAUGCCAGGGGGUCAUUUGUAUGUCAUUUCUAAAAUGUGUGUGUGUGUGUGUGUUUUAUAAUUUUUUUAUUAUUAUUAAAAAAAAAAAAUGGUGCUGUAUUUACAGUGGAAUAAAAUGAAAAUGUCUUACACAAAAAUAUAAUAAUCUUGAUCAAAAUGUUUUGUAGUUUGAAAAGUUGACAACAGAUUUUUCUACUCCUCAAGAUUACGGAAGAUAGACUAGGAAACAAAUACUAAUUAAUUUUCAUAACUCGAGCAAAUACUGCCAUUUGAAACAGAAAGCAUUUAAUCUGGAACAGGAAAAAUGCUGCUUUUCAAAAUACUUUAUUUUGUUAAUCUGGAUUACUUUUAGAAAUUACUUCUACUACUGGUGAAGAUGUAACUACCUACCAAAAAAAAAAAAAACAUGUAGCCAUAGACUUUAAAUGGUAUAAUUCAGAAAAAAAUUGCAGUUCUUCUAAAUCAUUUUUAAAAAAUCACACCUCUUCCUUUAGGUUCAGUGAGUUUUUAUAUUUUUGCCACUGCUGUACACAGUAAAAAAACUUACCAGCAAUCAAACCUAUCACAUUUGAUGUACAGGGUUAUCUUUAAAGAAUCAAAAUUUGUUUUAUUGCUGGAUUAGAUGGCUAAGGCUUCUGAAAUUCAAAUAAUGUUUCUACUAUAUAUGAAAAAAAAAAAAUCAUACAUUAGCCCACUUGGUUUUGCUUUGUUUUACUGCAUUCAGAGUUCCCAGUCAAUCCAUCGUCGAAAGGUACUGUCCUCUGAUCUCCACUCGGUCUGGGUGCUCUCCGGGAAAGUAAAGGGUAUCCGGAACCUCCUUAGUUCCCUCCACCCCCCCACUUGCUUUUACGUACAGAGCGAAAACCCACCCCACCCCACUGUCAGUUUUCAGGAGUUAAUACAUCUUGAUGCAAUUGUCUUCUGGAUGUAGGUAAGGACAAUUUGGUGAACCAUUAAAUUUUUUUUACUACUAUUAAUAAUUAGAAAAAAACACUACAGCUAUAAUAUACAUAUAGUAUCCACUAGCAGCAUUUUACUGAGAGUUACCCAUCAAUUUAAAUGAUGGGGAGUGAAGGGAGGGAUUUUGCUAUAAAUAUCUGAAAUUGCAUUCAAUAACAUUCAGCACUGCAAAAUGAUUUUUCAUUGUG